AAUCAGUUUUGAGGAGGAAGUUAAUAAAUAUAAAUAAUAAAUAUGAACCCGUUGUCAACGUACCUACUCCAAUCUGUAGCUUUGGACGUGGUCAAAUCCUCCGAACACGUUAAAAGGAUUUUACUUUUAAUUAAAAACCACCGUCCAAAUCUGGGAAAAGUGACAGACGAAAUUAUAAAGGAAGCAACUGCUGUUGCGGAGAAAGUCGGACUGGAGGAGCACAUUUCAUCAAUGCCGCGUAUUACGGGGAAACAACGUCAUAGAAGCAAUCAUCCAGCAGAAAGCCCUCCAGAAUACUGGAAGAGGUCUUUAGUAAUACCAUACUUGGAUUCAAUUAUCACCUCCCUUGAAGUACGUUUUGCUGAAGAAAACACGCCAUCAUUCGUAUUAUCUAAGUUACACCCGGCGCACAUGUAAAAGAUGACAACUGAAAAUCUGAAACGGAAAAAGCAUUGAAAAUGAUCGCUUUACCAUGCACGACCUGUACAGUACAGCGAUCCUUUAG